AUGGAGAAAAAUGGAGACUGUAAAAAGUGUAAGGCAGCCGAGCGAUUUAGAGUACGAGUGUGUUUGAGGCAAAUGUACGGAACCGCAGACAUGCGCUCUCAAUGCCUGUUGCUGGUGGACCCGGAACAGGCAGUCGAGUGGUUGGAGCACCGCUUGCGUGCAUUGUUCACCCUAUCCGGCUCGUUUUAUCUACGCUCAAGUGGCUAUCUGCUGCCUAGUUGCGAGUCUUUGCAAAUACUCAAUCCUAAUGACUCUGUCGAGGUUGUCCCAGUGAAGGAAGAAAUCUUAGACAAUCAGGCAAAUUUAUCACAAGAUAUGACUGAUCGAAAUGGACAUGAAGUGCAUUGGAAUCCAAGCAGAAAUAUGUGUCAUAACGAGGGGAGUGAAGGGAAGAUAGUGCAAAAAGAGAGCCAAUUGGAUGCUUCUAAAAGAAAAGCUUUAGCUCUGCUUAAAGAGAAAUUUUCUGGUUUUAGUGGUGAUGAGCACCGGGAUGGUAAUGUGUUGUCAGGUGAUAGUUAUUCAGUUAUUGGUGAACCAAAGAAGAAAAGAAAGAGGGUACGGCAUCGAAGACCAAAAGAAAAUCAGAAACAAAUCGACGACAUACUAAAUAAUGGUGUGGCAAUUAUGCCUACCACACGCCCUCCUCGCCUUGUUCAUUCCGUGUAG